CCCGGGAUGGAGGGCUGGCCACGCAGGCGCGGGGGGCCGCGCCGAGAUCCCCACGCGGGAGCUUGUGGAGUCUCCAGCCGCCGCUUCUCACUUCAUUGGAGAAGAGGGCUGGGGCUGGGCCCGGGAGGGAGCUAAUAAAGAGUGAAUGUGCAGCAGCCGCCGUGGCGGCCGGAGUCCGCCCGAGCGACACCGGAGCGGUGCGCCCGGGAGGCGGCGAGGGGAGGCGGUUCGCCUCGUCCCUCGCACCCGCCCCUCUUUCUCUCUCUCCCUCCAGCUGGUCCCAGAGCCCGGCUCGCUUGGGUCCCUCUGCCCCCAUCCCGCACUCUUCCACCUCCUCCGAGUCCCGCUCCUCACCUAGGGCGCCCCGAACUGCCAUGGGUUAGGGUGGGGGCCGCCACCCGCGCGAAGGACCGGCUCUGUGCAUCCGCCGAGGACGCGGAGCCCGAACGCCGCUCGCCGCUUGCGGGCGCUGGGCAUGGGGAGUGCGGCGUGAGCCCGCACCCGGGGAGGACGCAGGAGCUGCGGAGACGGGAGCGAGGAGGAGGAGGAGAGGAGCCGUGGAUUGGAAGGACCCGAGGGAGGGAGAGGAGGGAGGGUGGGGAAGCGAGGGAAAAGUGAAGCUGGGAGGAGAAGGCGGCGGAAGGUGGGGAUUGAUGCUUCUGUUUUUUGUUGCCGCUGCUGCCCUCGCGCUGGGAGCUGAGCCGGAGGGAAGGCGGUGGAGAGAUGAUUGCAGAGUUGGUGAGCAGCGCUCUGGGGCUCGCCUUGUAUCUCAACACCCUGAGUGCGGAUUUCUGCUACGACGACAGCCGUGCUAUCAAGACUAAUCAGGAUCUUCUCCCAGAAACUCCAUGGACGCACAUUUUCUACAAUGAUUUUUGGGGGACUCUUCUAACCCACAGUGGCAGCCACAAGUCCUACCGGCCACUCUGCACUCUUUCUUUUCGCCUGAACCAUGCCAUUGGAGGGUUGAAUCCCUGGAGCUACCAUCUUGUCAAUGUCCUGUUGCAUGCAGCAGUCACUGGUCUCUUCACAAGCUUCUCCAAGAUCCUCCUCGGUGAUGGAUACUGGACCUUCAUGGCUGGCUUGAUGUUUGCUUCGCAUCCCAUUCACACAGAGGCAGUGGCCGGAAUCGUGGGACGAGCUGAUGUCGGGGCCAGUCUCUUCUUUCUCCUCUCCUUGCUCUGCUACGUUAAACACUGCUCUACAAGAGGCUACUCAGCCACGACUUGGGGCUGGUUCCUGGGGACAGGACUGUGUGCAGGAUGCAGCAUGUUGUGGAAGGAACAAGGAGUGACUGUUCUCGCGGUUUCAGCGGUUUAUGAUGUCUUUGUCUUUCACAGGCUGAAAAUGAAACAGAUAUUACCUACCAUUUACAAAAGGAAGAACUUGUCUCUUUUUCUCAGCAUUAGUUUGUUAACUUUCUGGGGGACCUCCCUUUUGGGUGCCCGGUUAUACUGGAUGGGAAACAAACCACCAAGCUUUUCCAACUCUGACAACCCAGCUGCUGAUUCAGAUAGCCUCCUUGCCCGCACCCUCACCUUCUUCUACUUGCCAACCAAGAACCUCUGGCUGUUGCUAUGCCCAGAUACACUCAGUUUUGAUUGGUCGAUGGAUGCCGUGCCUCUGCUCAAAACAAUUUGUGAUUGGAGAAACCUACACACUGUGGCCUUCUAUACUGGACUCCUCCUCCUUGCCUACUACGGUUUGAAGAGCCCAAACAUAGAAAGAGAAUGCAAUGGGAAAGCUGUAACAAAUGGCAAGCAGAAUGCAAAUGGACAUAGCUGCCUUUCAGAUGUGGAGUACCGGAACUCAGAGAUUAAGCCCAGCUUUGCAUCCAAAGUAGAAAAUGGCAUUAAAAAUGAUGUAUCACAGAGAACGCAACUUCCUUCUACUGAGAACAUUGUUAUUCUGUCUUUAUCUUUGUUAGUAAUACCCUUUGUUCCUGCCACGAACUUGUUUUUCUAUGUUGGCUUUGUAAUCGCAGAGCGAGUAUUAUAUAUUCCUAGUAUGGGCUUCUGCCUCCUGAUUACAGUGGGUGCCAGAGCCCUUUAUGUCAAAGUCCAAAAGCGGUUUCUCAAGACCUUGAUUUUUUAUGCUACAGCAACAUUAAUUGUUUUCUAUGGACUCAAGACUGCAAUCAGGAAUGGAGACUGGCAGAAUGAGGAAAUGCUGUAUAGGUCAGGGAUAAAAGUAAAUCCAGCUAAAGCAUGGGGUAACCUUGGAAAUGUUCUGAAGAGUCAGAGCAAAAUUUCUGAAGCCGAAACCGCCUAUAGAAAUGCUUUGUACUACCGCAGCAACAUGGCUGACAUGCUUUAUAAUUUAGGGUUACUUCUACAGGAGAACAGCAGGUUUGCAGAAGCACUACAUUAUUAUAAAUUGGCCAUUGGGAGCAGGCCUACCCUGGCUUCUGCAUAUUUAAACACCGGUAUUAUUCUAAUGAACCAAGGAAAGACAGAAGAAGCCAGACGUACAUUCUUAAAGUGUUCUGAGAUCCCCGAUGAAAACCUGAAAGAUCCUCACGCACACAAGAGCUCUGUUACCAGCUGUCUGUACAAUCUGGGAAAACUCUAUCAUGAGCAGGGACACUAUGAGGAAGCCCUUAGUGUAUACAAAGAAGCAAUUCAGAAAAUGCCAAGGCAGUUUGCCCCACAGAGCUUGUACAACAUGAUGGGUGAAGCAUAUAUGCGAUUAAGCAAGCUCCCUGAGGCUGAGCAUUGGUAUAUGGAAUCUCUGAGGUCCAAGACUGACCACAUCCCUGCUCAUCUCACCUAUGGGAAACUGCUAGCUCUAACAGGUCGUAAGAGCGAGGCUGAGAAGUUCUUCUUGAAGGCUAUCGAACUGGAUCCCACCAAAGGAAACUGCUACAUGCAUUAUGGUCAAUUUCUUCUGGAAGAAGGUCGCCUCAUAGAAGCAGCUGAGAUGGCAAAAAAAGCAGCUGAACUGGACAGCUUGGAGUUUGACGUUGUCUUCAAUGCCGCACACAUGCUCAGACAGGCUAGUCUCAAUGAAGCAGCUGAGAAGUACUAUGACCUGGCAGCCAGGCUGAGACCUAAUUAUCCCGCUGCGCUGAUGAACCUGGGCGCCAUCCUGCACCUCAACGGCAGGCUCCAGAAGGCCGAGGCCAACUACCUGCGGGCGCUGCAGCUCAAGCCCGAUGACGUCAUCACGCAGUCCAAUCUCCGCAAACUCUGGAACAUCAUGGAGAAACAAGGCUUAAAGACUUCCAAGACCUGACACAGGGAGCAGAAAGAAACCCAUCCUCCUCCAUUUCCCAAAGCCGGCUUCCUUAACAGACAGAACUUCCCCAUAAGAACGCAUUUUGGUCUUCCAGGCCCAGGGCAGAGGUCAUUGAGGUCACUGCCACUUGUGGGAGAAUCCUCUUUGCUGUUGGCACAGCUGUUAACACCAAGAAAAGGGGGGGGGGGACAUUGGAAACCUCCUGGAGGAGGUAAUUGUUACCCAUAGACUGUAAACCAGAGCACUUAAAACAGAAUUUUUUGACAUUCUUAAAAGGGGGGGGGGUUGUCUUUUAAGUUACAGAUUUGGUUCAUUUUUAAAGCUAAUCUCAAAAUGAUGUUGUUCCUGAAACACUGUGAGAGGAAGUCAGAGUGUCCACUCAGCCACCGUAAACUAUUGAGGUGAAGUUGUUAAUAGGGAGAGAUUAAAGCGUAGUGUGAAUCCCAGUGAGCCACUGGUUGUCCUGACGCUGCUGUCUUCCCUCUUUGGGACAGCCUGCUUACCAAUUUCUGAAGCUUAGGAAAUUCUUUUUUUAAAUACUGUGUCCGAAUCUGUUGGAAUCUGCAGUCGUUCCUUGACUAGUGCACAUAAUGUUUUAUGAUUUAUAUGUCACAGUCUUCAUUCUUUGGGACAUCAUUUGGUUUUUGUGUUCUGAAAAGGAUUUGGGGAGAGUAGAGCCAACCAGACUUCACGCUUAUGUUGUGAGAGGGGCUGGGGAGGCCUUAAAUGUGUCAGGCGGGCUUUUUUUUUUUUAUUAUUUUAAUGUUGCCACUAUUUUCCCCCAAACUGCCUAAUAGAAUUUGUUAUAUUAAUUCUUUUGAAAUUCUCUUUUACAAUGGCUAUUCCUGGUUAACGUGCUUGUGUACAUAGGAUAAAGGAAAGGGAAGUUUAUAAGUGUUCUUGUUCCAAUAACUAACCAACACCUAUUAGACAAAAGGGAAGAUGCUUCGUGCUUCCCAGAUGUUGCUGGUUAAAAAAUCGAGUCUACACAAAGAAGUGUAUGGUGAUAGUUGCCAUUGAUUCGGCAUUUUGGAAAGAGUUGGUAUAAAAUCGUAAUCGCUUUCUAAUAAGUACCUAAACAGUAAUGCUGAUGAGUUUUUUUCAAAGAAUUAUUUUUAUCUUAUUUUGCUCUUCCUGAAAGAUGUCAAAAAUGACUUAUUUUUAGCUGAAAUAGAGUGUAGCAUUAGCCUGCGUAUUUCUAGGUCUUCUGCCAAGUAUUUUUCUCAGUUGAAAACUAUUUUUCACUAGCAAAUUUGAUCAUUUUUUUCAUUACCUGUUAGUAACCACCUCAGUGAUCAUUUCAACAAGGAAAAGACUAUAAAUGAAGUAGAGAAAAAACAUUUAUUGAACAGUUUUUGGCUUGCAGUCAAACUUUGCUACUAAAAAUUAACUUCAUAUAACGCUAGUCCAUUAUCAGUUUCUUCAUAGAGAAAGUAGCUAUGUUAUACCCUACAUAUUUAUUUAUUUAUUGUUCUACCAUAGCAGAAUAACAAAACCAAACUUGAUGCAUUAAGCCAGUUCUUUGUAACUCAAAAUUACCUGUUUUUCCUUCUUUCAUUCUCCAUGUAUAUAUGAUCAGCGUCCCCAUUAAAGGGAAGCUAGACAUGCAGAUACAUCAUAUUAUGUUUUCUCCAUAUUUUAUAUGUUUUGCUAUAUAUCUGAAUACAAUGGGAUAAAAAAAUUUUAAGUUGGGUUUCUUUUGCCUUUGUUUUUUUUUUGGGAGGGCCAAUUUUGUUGGGGGGGUUUUUUUGAUGGUGUUAAUAAGGCCCUCUAAUAAUAUGUAUAUUAUUUUGUAAACAUUUCAUUGAAGGGCCAAAAGUUAACUUAUAACUAAAUCACUGUGUUUUCGGAAUGAUAUUUAACAACAACAAACCCUUGGUCAAACCAAAAGAGUGGGUUGCAGUGUAUUUUUCAUCUUCUAGUGCAUUGGCAAUUUCAAAAAACAAAAGAAGAAAAGAAAUUUUAUAUAAGGCUAUAGAGAUUAAUUCAAUGUCUAACAUUUGUAUUUAUUUAAAUAGUUAUUGACCUAUGAUGACUUCCUAGGCUUAACAUUUUAUGUCUUUUUGUUGUUAUUGUUAAUUCUUCCAAAGACUUGGUUCUUAAUAGGUUCACUGAAUGCACAGUAGAGGCACUUCAUGUUGACUCAGUCCCCAAGUAGCAUUAAUAAUUGGGCCUGUGUCAUAAAAUGCAUGGAUCUUUAAUAACUAAAUGUCCCUGACACUUUUCACUACAGGGCUGGACUUAGUAACUGACCAACUCGGGGGGAGGCUUAGGGGUGGAGGGGGUUAGAAAAUGAUCAAAAAAUGUCUCUGCUCAGGGAUUUAUGGUGGAUUAUUGCAGACAGUGCUAAAAAUAUAGAGCACAAGACAAGUUUACUAAAUUAAAAUUUUAUUUUUUGAGAAACUUAUUUGUAUAAAUUAUCAAGAUUUGUAGGCUUUCCUUUUGUAGAAAUAAUUGUUUUAUGUGCCAGAGAAUUUCAAUUUUGUUUUCAACAAUAAAGCAUUGAUAACAAAU